AUGCCGUGGACGGCGUGUGGCAGACCAGCGUCGACAGGCUACAACGCUCGCAGCAACACGCACAUACGUCGCAGAGGUACGCCUGCCGCGUUCACAGUGCUGUCGACAACGGUGAACACGAGUUGGACUGCUCUCGCAAAGGAUCAUCCGGGGACGGCGCGUAUUCCCGUACCUACACGUAAUGCUGCAGCUACUGACCGCGGUUCUGCAAGUUCGGAGAACAGCGAAUGUACUCGGUCUCCUCGCUCAGGGGAUCCACUUCGCGUCGACUUCCAGUAUCUGAUUGACGGAUGUACUGACAUCGACCCAUGA